AUGCUACUGAAUACACGACGUUCACCAACUCGUGUUGAUAUAUGUGAUUUUAAUAGAUUACAUUUACGUGAUCAUAAUGCAAAUAUUAAUACAAGAAACUAUCUUUCAUCUAAAUCACCAUCAUCACCUAUGCCCUAUCGUGAUUUUCGUUUAGUUGUAACAAAUCGUAUUCCAUCAAAUAUUGUUAUUUUAUCAAGAACAUCAUCUUUAUCUGCAACACCAACAAAUUCAUCAAAAUUGAAACGACGAAAAAGUGAACAUAAUAAAAGUUCAAAACAGCCAGGUUUUGAUGUUUAUCGAUCACUUGCUCGAUCUGUAUCACGUUGUUCAAUAUCUUCUGAACGAGAUCUAUCAAAUGAUGAUAUGAAUCAUUUAGCAAAUCCUUUUACUAUUGAUCGUAUAUCUCUAUCACCAAGUACUGGUUAUUUUCAUCCAAAUAAUUUAUCAAAAACUCCAAAAUAUUAUAUUUAUUCUAAUGAGAAACGAAGAUUAUUUAGUAGAGCAAAAACAUAUGAUGAAUUAUCUUCAUCAUCACGUUUUGAAUAUAUGCAACGAAUAUCACCAGAAACAUUUCAUCGAACAACACCAACUAAUCCAUACUAUGAAGAAGAAGAUGAUGAUGAAACACUCACAACAGCAACAACAAUAACACCGAACAUUUUGCCAUGUACUCCAACAACUCGCACUCGUAAACAAAUACAUGUUUAUGUACCACAUGUGUCUUGUUAG